GGUCAUUUUAAAGUGUUUUAUUAUAAUUCAGGAUACACAAUUGUCUCCAUGAUAAUUAAGGUCACCACUUUACGACUUACCACUAGAGUUGAACUUAAUUACAAAAACUGCCACCGCGGCUCUCUCUCUCCCUCCUGUUACCCAAGCCUGUCUGAACCCUUCUCCAUUCGGACUCAGACCAUUACUCUCUCUCUCUCUCUCUCUCUCUCUGUGUGAUCGGAGCCAGCCAUGUCCGUCGGAAUCGUCACGCUCGAAAUGCGGAGCCACAACUCCACGAGUAGCGACGCCAUGAGCGGAGCGACGCCGGAAGUGAACCAGUCGCCAUACCGGAAACUCAACUCGAUCAAGAGAUAAGAUCAAUACAGGCCGAGUCUCGAGUUGCAGCCACUGCCGUCGAUCGCAAAGCCGCCACGGCCGCAGAACCCGAUUCGCCGUCGCCGAUGACGUCUUGAGUUUUUCCGAUCCACGCCAUGAGUUUCAUCUUCGCAAACAGAAAACACCCGCAGGUAAAAUAGGAGGCAUUGCUGUGGUUGAUUUGGAUCGAGAGAGGAAAGGGAUGGAGUCUAGGAUGGAUCAGUAUGAGCUGAUGGAGCAGAUCGGCCGGGGAGCUUUCGGAGCCGCGAUUUUGGUUCAUCACAAGGCUGAGAAGAAGAAGUAUGUGUUGAAGAAGAUCCGGCUUGCGAGGCAGACGGAGUGGUGCCGGAGAUCUGCUCAUCAAGAGAUGGCUCUUAUUGCCCGGAUUCAGCACCCGUACAUUGUGGAAUUUAAGGAAGCCUGGGUUGAGAAGGGUUGCUAUGUUUGCAUUGUCACUGGAUACUGUGAAGGUGGAGAUAUGGCUGAGUUGAUGAAGAAAUCCAAUGGGGUUUAUUUUCCUGAGGAGAAACUAUGCAGGUGGUUCACGCAGCUACUCUUGGCAGUUGAAUACCUGCAUUCAAAUUAUGUUCUACAUCGUGAUCUAAAAUGUUCCAAUAUAUUGUUAUUGUUUAUGAGGUCACAUAUCCUUCAUUGCUAUCAUUCUUUACUGCUAAUGAGGUGCAAUCUAGAAAUAAAUGACCCUGAUAUGUAUAUAUAUCCAUUUAGUAAUCAUAUUCUCAUAGUGACAUGUUUUGUAUAGAGCUACCGUGCAUCCUCUUUUUUCUUCUACAACUCUCCAUGCUUACAAAAAGUCGGUAGUUAAGUUGAUCAAGUAUCUGGAUAUUCUAUAUAUUUAACUUUUUCCUGAAUUAAUUCCUUUCACAUUCUAGUGUAUGCCGUUUAGAUUUAAUAAACUGAGUAAAUAGAUGUUUAGAAAACCAUAUUGAGGGGUCAAACUAGAAGCUUUUACAUUUAUAUAUGAAGGAAACAACUUGGUUCUUAUUCUGGAAAAGUUGAGCUAUUUAUACUUGAUGGUAAUAGUGACAUUGCUGCUAUUAUGGAAUUGAUUGUUUUCCUAUAUUUU